AUGGCAGCACCUGCGAUUGUAGCACAAUCAGCCCACGAUGAGCGUCCGAUGCUGGGAGCGGAGGAGGGUAUGCAGCAGACUCCCGAUCCUUCGUCGCAACAGCAGGAUGCAGUAGAAUCGUCCACACAAGACCUUUCCAUCCCCAUGUCGACGGCCAUCUCGCCAAACGAUGAUCCGGCCGUGCCAUCCCUUCUCGCAUCGAUAGCAGCCUUGGGCGACAGGUACACCACGAGCCAUGACAACGCCUCUCGACUCGAACUGCUCGCUCACGGCCGCUCGCUGGUGCGCGCCCUGGAGACCCCGAGAGAGACGAUGAUCAAACACUGCUGGGCCCAACCCUCCGCGUUCAUGUGCCUCACCCUUGGCGUCGAUACCGCUCUCUUCCACCAUCUGAGCCGAGACCCUGCGCGUCCCAAGACUGUUGCAGAGCUUGCGGAAGCUACAGGAGUAGAAGCCGUUCUUCUCGCAAGGACGAUGCGGCACUUGGCCUCCAUGGGCUACAUCAGCGAGACGGCCGCCGACGAAUACCUACCCACGAACUUCUCGUUAUCAUUGACCAUUCCGAUCAUCGGCGAUGGCUACCCAGUUACCGCGGACUGUAACGUCAGUUUGCUCCGCUUCCCGGCGUACGCUCGGAAGAUAGGUUAUCGGGAGCCGAACGAGGCCGUUGGCGCGUACCAGUACGCCAUGCCGACCGAAGAGAGCUUCUUCGCGUACCAAGCCAGUCACCCGCCUUUGCUGCAACAGUUCAACCGCCACAUGGGUGGGUACCGGCAAGGCCGGCCGAGCUGGAUGGAUUCUGGAUUCUUUCCCGUGCAAGACCGUUUGGUCAAGGGCGCACAGACUGGAAAGGAUGAUGUGCUGCUCGUCGACGUGGGCGGAAGCCUGGGGCACGACAUCGACGAGUUUGCGAGGAAGUAUCCGGACAGCCCUGGUCGCCUAGUACUGGAAGAUCUGCCAGCGGUUGUCGAGCAGAUUAAACCUGGUCAGAUCGAUGCGAGGGUUGAGCCUGUGAGUUGCGACUUCUUCGCUGAGAACCCUGUCAAAGGCGCUCGUGCAUACUACAUGCAUUCCGUGCUUCAUGACUGGCCUGAUGCCCAAUCCCUCGCCAUUCUUUCGCGCAUCAAAGAGGCUAUGCGGCCGGGGUAUAGCAAGCUGUUGAUCAACGAGAAUUGCAUUCCAGACGUUGGCGCACACUGGGAGUCUACCGCUCUUGACAUGCAGAUGCUGUCCCUGGUUUCGGCGAGAGAGAGGACGGAGACGCAAUGGCGACAGCUGAUCGAGGAGAAGGCGGGCUUGAGCGUGGUGAAGGUAUGGAGUGUCGGGAAUGGCGUGGAGAGUUUGAUCGAAUGCGAGCUGCCGUGA